GGCGUUACUAAAAUCUCGUGAUAAAGCGAAAUAAAACGUGCCAGGCACUAAUCAUUUCCACUUUAGCUGCUGGUGUAAGCACGUCAAAGGGUGACACGAUAAGAAGGGAACAUGGACGUAAGAACUGGUUUGGUCGUUUUGCUCUGCUUAAUGGGGUUCACCUGUGCGGAUCCGGUGAAAUUCAAAGACUGCGGCUCUACCUCUGCCUCAGUGUCCCUGGUUGACAUCACCCCGUGCCCCACGCAGCCAUGCCAGCUCAAAAGAGGAGGCUCCUACAGCGUCAAUGUGACGUUCUCAAGUGGUGUUAAAAGUGAUACCAGCACGGCGGUGGUUCACGGUGUUAUCGCUGGUGUUCCGGUCCCCUUCCCCAUUCCCAACGAGGAUGGCUGCAAAUCUGGAAUCCAGUGUCCCAUCCAGCCGCAGCAGUUGUAUCACUACGUGAACACUCUUCCCGUGAAGACUGAGUAUCCUGCAAUAAAGCUGGUGGUGAAGUGGGAGCUGAGAGACGACAACAAAAAGGACCUGUUCUGCAUCGAGUUCCCGGUGCAGAUUGUGAGCUGAAGCUGCAGCAGUUACUCUUAAAUUAAAUGUGCCGUAUUUUUUAUUAAAAGGGAUUCAACUUUGAGUUAAAAACCACAAGAAGACUGAGCGAAUGGAGAUCUCAUUUUAAAUCCAUCAGAUUGAUUUUUAAGAUGUCUCUCUCUGGUCUGCAACACUUUGCCUCCUUUACACCUCAUGUCCUGCUGAAACUGGUUUAAAAAUGCGCAAUCAUGGCUGCAGUCUUCCUCACAGUCAGUUUUUAAGAGUGGUGGAUGUAAAAUGAUGUGAUUAAUAACCCUGAAUUAUAUUCCACUUUAGCGCAAAUGUCUUGUCUUACUGGCUGCUGUGUAGUCUCUAAAGAUUGAUAAUGUACUUAAACUUUUGUAAUAUUUCUUACUAAUCUUGUACCACUGAGACUUAUCAGAUUGAAAUGCAAAAAGGUUAUAUGAUUAAAUUUAAUAAAGUCUAAUAUGUA